AUGUUCACAGUGAAGACGAUGAUGAGGAGGAGGUUGCAUUGGUCGUUCGGGAAUAGGACCAUAUUGCUGGUACUGCUCGAGAUACUACUCUUCUUGGACAUUGUGCGAUGGUGGAGUGGACUUGGAAGGCAUUCGGAGAGCGAGCAGGAAGACGACGCCGUAGUCACCUCGUACGGUAAGAGCAGGACAUAGUUCAACGACAUAGUUCUCAUUAUUUUCCCGACAACCUGAUAAAAGCGCCAAAAAACAAAAAUGUUUUCAGUUGGUGAUGAUUGCUCCAUCCGCCGGACUGACAGUAUGAAACAAAAAAGUGGACGGUACUGUAAUGCACAGUGUAUACCAUGGAACCAAACAUUGUCCCUAAACGAAGACCCAAUUCCAGAGCCCUCUGUGGAACGUUUCGAAGGCAUCUGUCAAGGACUGGAUGCGAAGAAUUGCGUGAAGCCCUUCAAAACAAUCGAAUCGGACUUCCAGUACUAUUGGGUAAUCAAAUCCCGCACCUAAAGCUGUAUUUUAGACUCUAAAACCGAAGAAAACGCUGAUGUGCACGAUUCCGAAGACCAGCUCACAACUUAUGACGGCGAUAAUGUGCCUGCUAAACGAUGAGCUUGGCUUUUUUUACAGCGGCAAAGAGAUGUUCGGCAAUUACUACGGACCGUAAGUUUGUCGAGGGUAAUAAUGGAAGGCGAUGGCGUCUGCUAUAAUAAUAGUGUAGGAGCAUAAUAAUCCGUCUAUCCUUUGGUGUUCUUUUCUCGGUGGUGGAAGGUCGAUCCUUGUUUCAGCGCUUGUUCCAAACAUCGAGUCAAGUCGGUUGAGCAUGCGGUUCAAAUUCAUGGCCCUGAAGUUAAUGAAUGGACAAAACUUACAGUCGUGCGAGAGCCAAUCGAUCGGUUCUUGAGCGGCUUCGUCUUCGCGUGCGUUCGUGGCGUGGACUUUGCCACCAAUUGCACACGGUAUUGCCAUGGCUGUGGUGCAAACUUAACCUGUUUUGUGGAGAAAGAGUACGAAGAGAUGAUGAGGUUGAGCAGUGGGGAACAAACUACGGUCGACUUUCUGUCGCACCAUCAAUAUCCGCAGACAUGGAGAUGCGGAAUGGAUAAGUAUUUGAAAGUAAGUCUAGAUUUGCGACCCAAAAACCAAGUAUUUGUUAUAGCAGAGCUUUGAAUCUAGGAUCAGCCGCAUUACAUUCAAAACAACUGUCCUAUGACACUUUCGUUCUGUAUGAUGACGCUUGUUUACAGUAGUUCGUUUUUUCGAAAUUCUGAUUCCUCGAAUAUACCAGCCUUUUCGGGAAUAACAGCCGAAAGGCCUUUAAAAACAUUGUAAUCCCGAUUAGAGAUUAGACUUUUUCGACUUCUUUCCCAAGCUAAUGUAUAAAGUUAAGAUGGCCCUACUGUACCCUAUGCGAAUCUCUGGCUAAAACAGAGAACAUUCUGCUUUUAGUCCUUAUAAGAUUUCGUACAGUUUGGCAGUUCGCGUUAAUCUGCCUUUUCUCUUGUGUUACUGUAGUAAUUUCGUCGAAAACGGAUUAAGUCCAACAUUAGUACUCCCUAUAACAUGCUUGAGGCGAUCAUAAUCUGUAAUUUUUAGUCGGGUUAUCGACGACACAACGGCCCUAAAAAAAGUUCGAUUUCAAACAUACCUAUAAGUUUUGCAAUUUUAAAGUCCGAGUUCCAUUAUUUUUAUCCCAAACAAGGGUUUUCCUGACUUUAAGCCGGCGAUAAAGCAUUAAAUUUGACACUUGAUUUCAGGACUACACUGUCCUGAAGUACAGCUCUAAACCCGCGAUUUUUAUGCCCCGCGUCCUGGAGUUUCUGCACUCGAAGAAUGUCUCGGAACAGGCUAUGGAUUAUAUCAAAAACGUCGCAAUGAAAGAGCGCACCCACCACGCUACUUCCAACACAAAUGCCAGGAAAUUCUUCGAACACCGUUUGAAGUCUUCGCCUUAUCUCAUGGAGAAGGUGGUCCGAAUGUUCUACCACGAUUUUAAAACCUUUGGCUAUCCGCUUCCCCCUGGAUUCGAGUAG